CCGGAGCUGAAGCCUACCCACGGGGAAGGUCGCUGGGGCGACCAAGAGCCGACGGCGCAGAUCCAAUUUAAAAUACUGAGAGGACACAGUGGUACAGUGAGCUCCUGCCAUUUUUGCUGUGAGGACAAAAAAGUUCUAUGCUCUUAUGAUAGAACAGUGAAGCUCUGGGAUGUUGAGAAAGGUUUUCCUAUUCAAGUUUUCGAAGAACACACGGCCCCAGUUUCUGAGUGCAAUUUGACUCCUCAUGACAGAAGAGUGGUAACAUCAUCAUAUGAUAAAACUGUGAAGGCUUGGGACAUGGAAACAGGAAAAGUGCUUUGGACAGUAGAACAUGAAGGCAUUGUAAGUUCAUGUGAUAUUUCUUGUGAUGGUAAAUAUGUGGUAUCUCGUUCAGACAGAGAAAAUACCAUAUAUGUUUUUGAUGCAGUAAGUGCAACAGUAGUGGCACAUAUCCAAGGUCAUCACAAAAGCACUAUCACAAGAUAUUGUUUUGACCGUGAUAACCAACGAGUGACUUCAGUGUCAUGCGAUGAGACCAUAAAGCUAUGGGAUAUGAUAACACGAUCCACCUCAAUUACAAUUAAUGAGGGACACAGCAAUGCCAUCUCAGAUUGCUGCUUUACCUCAGACGGUCAUUACUUGUGCACAGCAUUGUGGGACUGAAGCUUAAAAAUAUGGGAUAUAAAGCCAGGAGAAUUUCGGUGUCAUGAACCUGUUUCUUUGAACCAAGGACAUGAGGGUUCUGUUAGUUCCUGCAUUUUUAGCCAAGAUGCAUCACUUGUUGUGUCUGGUGGAUAUGACAAAACUGUAGCUAUAUGGGAUAUGGAUGCAGGCUAUAAAAAGCUAAGCUUAAAGGGUCAUUGGGACUGGGUGACAGAUGUUGCGAUUAGCAAAAACAAGAAACUAAUAGCAUCUUCUUCUCAGGAUUCUACUUUGAGAUUGUGGAAUAUUGAAAAGAUGGAUCACAUUCCUUCAGUGAUAGAAAUCAGAAAAGCAAGAGGCUCAAAAACUGCUCAGUGUGAAGAAUGUGAAAAACCUUUCUUAUGCCUACAACAUAGUGACUCUGAAAAGAUAUCGAAGUGUGUAUUCUAUCGUCCAUCUUCUCCAGUGAGAAAUAUUUUGCCAUUACCACCUUCUGUUUCUCCUGAUCUUUAA